AUGUACCUGGUACGCUUUCGCUAUCAAGAAGCGUUCAUAACUACGUACAGAACUUUCAUAUCUCCCCUGGACGUUCUCAGCAAACUCGUGUAUAGGUACGAGAGGUUUUCCUUUUCAGACGAUCCAACGAAGAAGAAAGCAGCGAAAAAUUGUUUCUCUCUUCUUGUGCGGAUACUCGAUGAUCUUAGUUCUAUAGAAUUUUCGAGCGAAAUUUUGCUGCUGUUGCGGGAUUUUGUCUACCGAAUAAUAACCAGCGGUGAACUAAAUCUGGGAAGACUGUUGCACCAAAGAUUUGUUGAGAAACUUCACGAAAAGAUUAAUGGUAGCUACGCAUCCUCCCGCCAGCCGGCUUUCGUUCAGCUCUACACUCCUGAACGAAUCAAGAGUAUUUCUAUUCUCGAUUUCAAGUCGUCAGCUCUCGCCGAACAGAUCACUUAUUUGGACUGGUUCUACUUCCAAAGAAUAGAGCUAAGUGAAAUGCUGCUCUGGGCUCAACAUCAGUCGGAAGAACACUGUCCAAAUUUGACGGCUUUCACAGAACAUUUUAAUAAAAUGUCUUACUGGGUUAGGACUAAAAUUUUGCAGCAGAGCGAGCAGAAGGAGAGAGAAAAGUAUUUUGCGAAGUUUACGAAAAUCAUGCGUUGUCUUCGGCGAUGUGGCAACUUUAACUCUUGUCUGGCGAUGUUGUCCGCACUGGAUUCCGGUCCAGUCCGCAGGCUGAAUUGGCCUAAGUCGCUUCUGGAGCCUUUGGCGGAACACGGUGCAUUGGUCGACAGUUCUCAGUCGUUUAAAGCAUAUCGCACAGCUUUAAGUGAGGCAAAGCCUCCAUGUUUACCAUAUAUUGGCUUGAUCUUGCAAGAUCUGACGUUUGUUCAUGUUGGAAACCCGGAUUACGUUUACGAUAGCCACUGGCCCAGUCAGAAUGAUAUUGUCAACUUUUCUAAAAGAUGGCAACAAUACACCAUACUUGACAAC